AUGUUUGGGAAGUUGAUUGAAUUCCCCUUCGAUACUAUCAAAGUAAGAUUACAAGCUGCUACUCCCGUGGAUAGUGUUACUCCAUCAACCUUAUCAAUGAUUAAAUUGACUUAUAAAAAUGAAGGUAUCACCAAUGGAUUUUAUAAAGGUUUAAAAGCACCUUUGAUUGGAGCUUGUGUUGAAACAGGGAUAUUAUUCUCAUCUUAUAACUAUGCCGUAUGGAAGUUUAAAAAAGAUGAAAUAUCAGAACCAAGUCUUGCUAUAAAAUGUGUAAGUGGUGGAUUUGCAGGAUUUAUGGCUUCAUUUGUAUUAACUCCUAUUGAAUUGAUUAAAUGUCAAUUACAAGUAUCUAAUCUUGUCAUUCCAGAAUCAACAGCGAAGAAGCCAGUAGGGAUAAGUUAUAUCCCAUUAAUACAAUCCAUCAUUAAAAAAGAUGGUAUCCCCGGAUUAUGGAAUGGAUUAUCAUCAACUUUAAUGAGAGAAAUCUUAGGAACUGCAGUUUGGUUCGGGACUUAUGAAUUUGUGAGUCAAGCCAAUGUAUUGAAUGUUAAUAAUGAUUUCAAUUCGUUAAUCAGUGGAGCCAUUGCUGGUUUAACCUUUAACUUAUCAAUUUUCCCAAUCGAUACUAUCAAAUCAAAUAUUCAAACUUUUGAAAUGUUAAAUAAAAAUCCAAAAUCUUUAAACCAAUUCGACUUUUGGAGUAUAACAAAAUCAUUAAUCACUAGAAAUGGUGGAAUCAGAAAUUUAUAUAAUGGAUUAGGUAUAACUUUAAUCAGAUGUGUUCCUGCCAACGCCAUCAUAUUCUACUCAUAUGAAGUUUUAAAACGAAACUUUUAA